UCCAGUUGUGAUUGUCGUUUUUUUCUUCGUCUUCUUCUGCUAAUAAACACUUAUUACCUCGUCACCGGCAGUUCUUUGGUCACCGAGUAAAAGGGAGGACACUCUGGUAGCCUAUUUAGGGCCUAGAUCUUGCCUGGUAUUUACAUUGCCAACUGUGCUAAACAUGGAUGCGUUGUCGAGAGCUGUCAACGAAGCACAAAAACAUCCUCGUUCCUUGGAACAGGAGCUUAGUUAUGGUACUGCUGGAUUUCGGAUGAGGGCAGAGAAAUUAGACCAUGUUCUAUACAGAAUGGGAUUGCUGUCAGUUGUGUUUUCCAAGUACAAGUCAGGCACUACUGGGCUCAUGAUCACUGCUUCCCACAACCCAGAGGAAGACAAUGGUGUCAAGAUAGUUAGCACCCUCGGGGAGAUGAUGCCCAUGUCAUGGGAAAAGUAUGCCACUCAGCUCGUAAAUGUCAGUGAUGCUCUGAUAGCCGACAGUUUAAAGGACAUCAUUACAACGGAGAAUAUUGACAUGUCAAAACCCGCAACUGUCAUGCUUGCCAUGGAUACAAGGCCAAGCAGCAAAGCUUUAGCACAGGCUGCAACUGAUGGCAUUGAAGCUCUUGGAGGGACAUGUAAGAAUUUUGGCUUGCUGUCUACCCCACAACUCCACUUCAUUGUUUGUUGUGAGAACACUCAGGGCCAGUACGGUCAACCCACAGAGGAAGGAUACUAUCAAAAACUUUCUGCUGCUUUCGGUAAAUUGAACUCGGGUGGAUCAAAGUCAAAGUACAGGCCUCAACUGUAUCUUGAUCAAGCCAAUGGUGUUGGAGCUCUCAAAAUGAAGGAGAUGUGCAAAUUCCUUGGUGAUGGUUUGGAGAUCACUUCUGUCAAUGAUGGUUCUUCUGGAAAAUUGAACAAUCAAUGUGGUGCUGACUUUGUGAAACUCAACCAGAUGCCCCCAGCAGGCAUCAAUCUUGAGCCUGGAAUGCGCUGUGCAUCCUUUGAUGGAGAUGCUGACCGCAUUGUGUAUUUUUAUAAGACCUCUGGGGGGAAAUUUUGUUUACUGGAUGGAGACAAGAUUGCUACACUGUUUGCUGGCUACCUGAGUGAUCUCUUGAAAUCCAGUGGAUUGAAGCUGAACUUGGGACUGGUCCAAACAGCUUACGCAAAUGGCAGUUCAACAUCUUACAUCACUGACGUUAUGAAAGUUCCUGUAGCUUGUGUUCCCACGGGUGUGAAGCAUUUGCACCACAAGGCAGAAGACUUUGAUAUAGGAGUCUACUUUGAAGCCAAUGGGCAUGGGACAGUCUUAUUCAGCAAUGAUGCUCAGAAAGCCAUUUUAGACCAGUCAAAGAAAACUGGCCUUGAUGAAGCCACCAGAGACGCUGCUGUGAAAUUAGAGACUGUCAUGAAUUUGAUCAACCAGACGGUGGGUGAUGCUAUAUCAGACCUGCUGGUGGUGGAGACAAUCCUCUCUCAGAGGGACUGGGCCUGUGAAGAUUGGGAUCUGGCCUACACUGACCUACCAAGCAGACAGCUCAAGGUUAAAGUGGAGGAUCGUACUGUGGUGCAAACAACAGAUGCUGAGCGGCGCACAACUCAUCCUCCUGGCCUGCAGGAGGCAGUGGAAGGACUAGCUGCUGGUUACAAAAAUGGCCGGGCCUUUGUCAGACCAUCGGGAACAGAAGAUGUUGUCAGGGUGUAUGCAGAAGCCGAUUCCCAGCAAAAUGCAGAUCAGCUGGCCUAUGAGGUGGGCGUUCAAGUGUAUGAGCGAGCUCGUGGCACAGGGGACAGGCCUUCACCCCCCUCCUGAAAAUGUUGCCAGAUCUAGUUAUGCUAACGAUGUCAUGGUACCUGCAGAGGGAUCUAAAAUCAUAUGAGCUGAUCUCACAAACUUUGUGAAUGUGCUGAUAUCGUAUACUUUGUGAAAUAAACAUUAAAAAAUAUUCUGCUUUCAAGUAUUGCAUUUGUGAGGGGGAAGUAGCUUCACACGUUUUUGGGGAUGAUUUUGAAUUGUGAAAUUGCUAUUUACAUUCCUUCAACUGCCAUGAUUCUUACCGUUUGAUUAUAUUUGUUUUAAUGCAUUAUCUCUACUUAUUGCUUUGUGUAUUUGAAAUAAAUAAAAAAUAAUCAUGUGAACGAUUAGGAUGAUUUUUAAUGUUUAAAAACAUGCAUUAUUGACGGGUAUGCUUUAACAAAUAGCCUGUACGAAAAUCUGGAUUUGAAUUCAUGUUUAGAUUUUUUUUCCAAAGUAGUUUAAAACAAAACUUGGUUCAUGAACACAUGUUACACUGUUGGGAGGGGGGACGGAAUACAGAUUUUCUUUUGCUGCAUUCAUUUUGGGUUAAAUCCUGCUGCUAUUAUGCAGAGAUUUAUUUAUGUGACUUCAUUUAGUGGUUUAAAAAAAAAUCCAAAACUUCUAAUGCGAGGUGUAAACCGUAGGCCUCUACAGGUCAGUUGCUCAAGUUCUAAGACACAGUUCAAACAGUAUUCAGGUGGAUGGCAGUCCUUGAACUGUCUUGACAGGGUUCGUUGAAUUGCUGAUGGUUACAAGUUACAACUUACAACAUGAAGUGCCUUAGAACAAUUUGUUUCUUAUUUUAUCUCCUCCUUGCCAGCCCCCACGUUAAGUAUUAAUAAUGUGUUCAUAAACGUCAUCAGUCAGUUCAUGGUUACAUUUUGGAUACUGUAAGAGUCAUGGUCUUUUUUAUAUAUGCAAAUUCUCGUUGCCCUUAACAUCUUUACCUUCAGAAUGUUUUUCUAUCUUAUUUUGUUGUGCUUAAAUGAUAAACCUCACUCCCUAAAAGGUUAUCCAAUGAAGACACUUUUAUCUAUUUAUAGAUCUAAUAAACAUGUAUGUUUCAAUUAUGUGCUUUUUGUUAGCAAAAGAUCACAUAUUUUUAACUCUUUAUAAUCUAGGAGGGGGGGAUAAAUCCACUAUGCAGGGGCCCUCUAAGUAACAUAUAGUAUAGGUCUACGUCUCUUAAGUAUUCUUUAAAUCAAAACAAGUUAAUCUAUUUUGAUAGUUUUUCAUCUAAUGAAUUAACUCCGUCAAUUGGCGGAAAGUAAUUUAACGUCAAAAUCAUCUUAAACUUAAAGGAAUAUGCCCAAGGCUCUGCCGGAGGCUCAUUGGUACAGGGGUUCCGACCGCAAGCUGCUGGGGGUGGCUUGCCGGAGAUAAGGAGUUAAUAAAAAAAUUAUACCUCAGCCUUGAAGGUAGUUUUUUUUUGCUUUGCAUUUUCUCUGGUCAGCCUUUUUUUUUCCUUUUUGUUGAGUUUCCCAGCUUUUCACUACGUCCCUUUCCCUGUCACUUUUGUCUUCUAUGAACUUCAACAUGUCUUGUUUAUAAGACAUCGAAGUUGAAGGUUUUGGGGUCUGUUUUUUAGUUUUGAAUCUGAUGUAUGCAUAUAUGUUAUGUUAUCUUUUUGCCAUUUUCAGCUGCGAUUGUUAAGUCAUAGUGCCAAAGACAUGUAACCCACAAGAGACUCCCAAGCGACUCUCCAUGCAGUGUCAAUCUGGACUACUGACCAUUUAAAAUGUGAUUUUAUUAUGUUGUUGAUGACUUCCGUUCUGGGUCAGCUGUACAUUUCCAUGUACGCAAAUGAGGUUGUUAGAUGAGUGUUUCGUUUUAUAAGAAAUGUUGAUGUUUACAAUAUGUCUGCGGUCAAAUUGCUUGAAUGUAAUCUGGAACUUGGGAACCUGCAACUUCGUUCUCAAUAAAAUGCUUAUAUUAUACUGUUAUGCCUUAGGGAAAUGUUGGUUAUUUAGCAAAGGUUUCGGUGCAAUGUUUAUAAUUGCUUUUUACUACAAUUAUUUAAAUUAAUGCACUAAUAAAAUUGCUUUACCUCA